GAACGGUCCCAGCGCACAGUCGUACAAGUCGCCGCCAGGUUGUACACGUGAGAGGACGGAACAAGCAGUUUCCAGAGGGAACACACUGCAACCAACGCGCGCCGCCACAUCAGGAGAAAACGAAAGAACGAGACAGAAGAUAAACAGGUCUUCUACGCUACAAUCAAGUCACCGCCGCAGCAGUAGGGCAGGGCAGUGCAGUGUGCAACCACAACACACCUGUUUGUUAUUUUGUGGAAGGUGGUGGUAUUUUAGUGGAAGCAGAAAAGCGUGCCAGGUGAAAAUGCAUAUUUAAUCGAAGCAAUUAAAAACCAUCGAGUUCGCAUUUUAAUACGCAGUUAAAGGGGUCUGUGAUAACGGAAUUCUUGCAGUGAAGUACAAAGGGAGCGUGACAAAAUUCUUCACGAUAGCAGGGUGCGUACACACGGUUAAGAAAACUGCGCUUCAAAAAUAGAUCGCUCAGCAGGCUGGCGGAAGAUCUCCGAAGAGUAGAGACGCGUACAAAACGGUAUAGGUGUGCGCAUUUGGGCAGUGUUUAGGUGGUGCACGGUGGAACAGGCAGCGAGAGAGAUCGCAAGAUUCCCGUUUUGUUUUGAGUGUGGUGUGCGGUGCAAAAGUGUCACACUCUAGGCACCGUAGGAGCGGCGAAGUGUAUUUAGGUUUGAAGUCUCGGGAAGAGAAAGUUUCCAAUAAGUGUAUUGAAGCAGCCGCUGCCGCCACCGCAACCGCGUAGAAUCGUAGCCAGCCAUGAUGACCGAAACGGUGGUAACGGUGGAUCAGUCACAGGCAGCGCCGCCUAAUGCGGCCCAGCACGGGCAAGCCAAACCGGAUAACAGCCUGAACUGGAUAAAGUUCAACUUUCAGUACUUCCAGUCCAUCCCGGGGAUUUUGAAACUGGUGCAGCUGGUAUUCGGUAUCAUUUGCAUGGCCUGUGCGUCACCUGCCCUGGUCGGAGGCACCCAUUGGUUCCUGUUUGUCGUGGUCACAUCAUUUAUUGCCACCGUACUGUGGAGCUUUGUGUACCUGCUCGGUAUCCGGGAGGUACUGAACCUGCCCAUCAACUGGAUUCUGACGGAGUUGAUAAAUACGGGCUUUGCAACGUUGCUGUACCUCAUUGCAUUCAUUGUGCAGCUGGCGACGUGGUCCAAUCUGUACGGGUACUUUAGGAGCGCGAACAUCGCGGCGGGGGUGUUCGGUCUGUUCAACUUCCUGGCGUACACGGCGGGAACGUACUUCCUCUUCGUGGAACACAGAUCCAGCGGAGUGUAACAUGCAAACCGUGACGACGCCGCCACUUAUCCCGCAAAGACGUGACUAAGAAGAAGAGCCACACCGAAAACAACAUCAACAACAACAAAACCACACAACGCCAUCGUGAUCGUGGUGGAUGGACAUUGUGCUAACAAACAUCUAUACUUAGCUUUUAGAUGGCAACAAAAAGGCCCUUCCGAGGAAUGCUGGGCCGCGUUUAGAUCGCAACACGAGCUUCCAGUGCACAGCUGCUAGUACUAACGGCUUCCAUGGCUGGCUGGUGGCUUAAAUUAACUGAAAAUGCAUCAAACAAAGUCAUUUUAACGUAAACACACAAACACAUCCAACAAAACUCAAUCACAAAAUACGGAGUAACACAACAAACAAAUUAGUGCAUUUUAUUUCGUAGGCUUUGUACUGUAUACUUGUUUUUUUUUGUUAAAACUUUUGUUUUGUAACAGUCUUUUUUUGUUAUCGCUUCAGCAUUCAUUGCAGCAGUCGAACAGUUCAAAACCAAAAAUGACGUAAACAGCCUUCAGCAAGCGUUCGUAAAGCCAUUCACCAAUUAGUAAAACGUUUAAAAUUGUUACACAAAGUUAGUUGAACAUCAAACUUUUUUUUUGCUUCGAAAAAUCGUUAAGUUAAAAAGUGUGCAAAAAGUUAAGAAACGUAAUUUAAUCGAAAACAAAUCGUUAGAAGAACUACCGUAUAUAGGAGGCUCUAUGUCAGAAACUGUAACUUUUAUGUCGUAAAGCAGUGGAAGGGAUCAAAUGAAGUCUAAUGUAAGUUAACCUUAAACAAAUGAACGUAUUUAAACAACUGAAGAAAAAAAAUCAAACAUUAACUAUUGAUUACGAGACAAAUAUUUUAUUAUUUCGAUGAAUAAAUGACUAUUUAUGUUAAGAA